CGAGGUGUCCAUGAAGGCAACACGGGUUAUCACGACCAUCACUAGUCUCAUCCCCCACCACCAAGGUGUCACUUUAGGCAGCUAGCUCCCAGGCUUACCUUGCGUUUAAUUGAACCAUUUUGAUACACAUUUCCGCUUGACAUCUCGGGACGUUUGGUGCCAUGAAGGGAAUCAGGGUUUUUGUGGUUUUCUUGGUGCUUUCUGCGUCUCUGCUGUGCACAGCCGAAGCGGCCAGGAGCAGGACCAGCAACCAGAACAGCUUCCGACGGGCAGCUAACGGCAUCUACCAGACUCUGAGCAGUGUUUUCGGAGAGGACAACAUUAGAGGGUUAUACAAGUUUUUCUCCAAAACGACUGAGCGGUUUGUCCAUGGAGUGGACUCUUUUCUCGACACGAUCUGGAAGAUCUGGUCAGAUUUGUUGGAUGUCAUGGGCAUUGACUCCUCAAACCUCAGCCACUACUUCAGCCCCACAUCUCUCACCAACUCUCCGGCACGCGCCCUGCUCUUGGUUGCCGCUGUUCUUGUGGCCUACUGGUUCCUUUCCAUGUUCUUGGGGGGUUUCUUUUACCUGCUGCACGCUGUGUUCGGCCGCUUCUUCUGGCUAGCACGUGUCACGCUCUUUGCCCUGUCCUGUCUCUAUAUCCUGCAGAAGUUUGAGGGCGACCCUGAGCGUGCGGUGCUGCCACUUUGCUUCAUUAUGGCGGUGUACUUCAUGACGGGGCCUGUGGGAGCGUACUGGCGUCGAGGAGGUGGGGCAGGUUCACUGGAAGAGAAAAUCGACCACCUGGACACUCAGAUCAGGCUGCUUAACAUCCGGCUGAGCCGUGUCAUAGACGGCCUGGAACGCACCGGGGACCAGUAGGGAGCAGCAAGGAUGAGGGGGAGGGAGGGGAUGUUUUACAACCAGCUGCAGUUGAUGUCAGAAUGCUGUUUCCUGUACACAUCUGCAGUAACACAACUACUGGGUAUUUACAACUCUAUUGUCAGAUGGGAGACAAAACUAGAUUUGAAAACCGUAUUUUAAAUGCUUGAGUUGAUUUUAGUUACAGAAUACCUACAAAUCCUCAGAGGUGUGGACAGUUGACUUGGAGCUUACGCAAAUCAACCAAACAACUAUUUUUCUUUAUGCUUGUCUCAAGGCUUUAAUUGAAAGGUUUUUGCUACAUCUGUGAGGAAGUUAUCAGAGAGAUGUCCAUGGUUUUCUAAAUGCUGGCCUAAUUCUACACCUCAGCUAUUUUUGAGAAACUCCCAAGUUGGGGUUUGAAUUUUUGGUGUUUGGAUAAGCAUUGUCAAUGCUUUUGCUAAAUGAAUAAUCCUAUUUUAUGUAUGUUUGUUUAUUUCUGUCCUUGUGAAUAACCUGGGGGUUACCAUUCUUACACAGGUUUGUCCACAAACAUGUAUUCCCCUUUUUUGAAACUACUGAAGUAGGAAAGGGGUUGGGCGAUGCAAACAUUGUAUUUCUAAUUUGUAAAAAUCCUCAAGAUGUUAGAUGGUUGUUCACAGUAAGAUUUAUUUAUUCCAUUUUCCAUCCAAAAUGUUGAAAUCAUAGAUCUAGUUUGUUUCAUUAAGGUACCGUCCCAUAGUGGCAAUAGUUUGACAUCAGGGCCUCUUUUUCAUUGUGUGUGUGUGUGUGUGUGUGUGUGUGUGUGUGUGUGUGUGUGUGUGUGUGUGUGUACUGUAUCAAAAAGUCAUCAUAAAAAUAACAGAAAAUGCAGACAGGCAGCAAUAUCUCAGGGAUUCAACCAACACACAGAAUUGGAAACGAGAUAUCGAGUAUAUUAAAAUCAUGUCUUAGUCUCUUUGAGUCACUUCACAGUUUUUCAGAUAUAGUUUGAAAUCUGUCUCAGUAACUUACAAUAUGUAUUGAUAAAUGGGUUUGUGUUCUUGCAUCAUGUUGAAGUUGCAAAGUUUGAUUAAUGUCUGAUGUCAAAUCCAAAUCCAUCUUUUUGAUGUUAGUGUGGAAUUAUUGUAGGGAUUUGAACUGCAGCUAGUGGUUUAUAGUAUCUUUCAAUUGGUGGGAAAGCAUUAACAUUUAAAUGUGUGAAUGCAAAAAGCAAAUUAUCCACAGAAAUGGUUAGAAAGAAUUACUUGAGUCGUUUUAAAUCACACUGGUGUGAAGUAUGUCUUACUACAUCUUUUUAGGAUGAGGAUUUUUUGUGGGGACAGGAUCAAUUUCUCAACAUGAUUACAGAUUAAAUUAGGUCUAGUGCCUUUGAUCCUGUAACAAAAAUACAAGCUUGUAACUGUACAACCCCAUUUGACCCUGCAUUGGAAAAUGUACAUUUGAAGCUGUAUAUUAUUUUAAUUGUUAAUGUGAUAUCCAUUCCUAGUAACUUAAUGAGAGAUUUACAACCAGCGUGAUACAUACGGUAUAUUAUAUUAAAACUGCUUGAGACACAGGCUUGGUGUGCAUCACUGUAGCCAACUCUAGUUUGAUAGGGCUUUUUAUGUAUAUUAUUUCUGCCAAUUAUUUUUAUAUCUCAUGUGCUGUCAUAAAAAGACUGGGAAUUUCCCUGCCACACACAUUACCAUUGGCACAGUUUUUUGUAAUUUCAAUUUAUAGAAUCUGGGCUCUGUUAACAUUUUUUUUAUACAAACGACCCUAAUGCUGUGCAAAUUUGGGUGGGAAAUGUUGCUUUCAGUUUCCCAUAAGAAAGAUUAACUAAAGGACAUGUCAGUAAUGUGGCAGGAUGGUUGAAAUGAUCAGAGGGCUCUUACAGUUCAUGACACUACUGAGGCCAAAGAACCAACCAGUAUUUACCACCUUUGAUACUCGUGUUAACAAAAACAUUUUUAUGUGUGAGAUGCAUCUUUGCUCCACUCCUAAUGUUUCUCAGUGUAGUAAGGGUAUAGUGUUAAUAUUCAUUUGGGAAAAGGAAGGUGUCGCAUCACCACAAUACCAGAUACAGACACUGUCUAAUGUCAGAUAAUUACUAUAUUCAUAUGGUUUUUCAUAUCUUCAGUACAGUGGCUGGAUUCAGAUUCUUAUCAGACCCAUUGGCUUGACUUUCAUCUUUAUCUUGGAAUUAAGUCUUAAUUAAAUCAGCAAAAUAGUUUGAUGUUGUAAUACAGCUUGUCUUAAUGUGUAUCAAUUGAUUGAUUGAUUGAAAAAAUCUCUCCCUAGACAAACCCA